AUGGGACUGGCUAUUCUUGAGGACUGGUGCAGGUGGAUGGGUGCCAAUGCCCAGCGCUCCCUGCUCAUCCUGGGUAUCCCUGAUGACUGUGAGGAAGAAGAAUUCCAGGAGGCUGUGCAGGCUGCCCUCAGGCCCCUGGGCAGGUACCGAGUGCUUGGCAAGGUCUUCAGAAAAGAGAUCGGGGCAAAGGUCGCUUUGGUUGAAUUCGCUGACAAUUUAAACCAAAGUCUGAUCCCCCAACAAAUACCAAAUGAUAGGGGGCCCUGGACUGUGAUCUUCCUGCCUCGGGUCCCUGAUAUCGAGCUACAGGACACAGUCAAUUUCCCUGCACAGGCUCACGGGCAAGCUUUGGAAGGGUCUUCAGGUGGGGCAGGGGCUUCAGGUAGAUCAGGGGCUACAAUGGAGGAAGGAGAUGUAGUUAGGGCUGUGGGUGAGGCAGGAGGAGCAGCUGAGGAAGGAGCCGAGGAUGAGGAGGGAGCUGGAGGUGACAUGGGGGUCGCAGGUGUUAUAGGAGCUAUGGGUUGGGCAGGGGCUGCAGGUGAGGUAGGGGCUGCAGGAGAAGGAGGCGUUUUAGAGGCAGGAGCAGGAGGUGAUGAGGGGUCUGCAGGUGAUGAGGAGUCUGCAGGUGAUGAGGGCUCUGGAGAUGAUGAGGGUUUUGCAGGUGAUGAGGGCUCUGGGAGCGAUGAGGGGUCUGCAGGGGAUGAAGGCUCUGUGGAUGAUGGAGGGGCCGUGGGAGAAGCAGGAGCUGUAGGAGAGGAUGAGGCAGGAGCAGUAGGUGAGGCAAGACUGUCAGAUGAGGAGGGAGCUGCAGGUGACAUGGGAGUUGCAGGCAUUCUAGGAGCCGUGGGAUUGGCAGGAGCCGCAGGUGAGGCAGGAGGCUCGGGUGAGGAAGGGCCCUUUGAUGUGGCAGGAGGGGCACAUGGGGCUGGAGCCUGGAUCCAGCAUUGGGGCCAAGCCGUGCAGCCUAUCCUGGAAAACAUGGCCUACCAGGAGCUGAGGCACUUCUCUGGGAUGGAAGAGCCCGGCUGUGGGGGUCUGUCUUUCGAGAGCUGGUUGGACCACGCCAAUGACAUGCUAUACAUGUGGCGCCACAUAUCCGAGACGGAACGGCGUCGGCGGCUGGUCGAGAGCUUGGGCGGCCCUGCCCUGAAUCUCCUGUGUGAGCUUCUGGAAGAGAAUCCAGACACCCCUGCGCAGGACUGCCUGGCUGCACUGGUGCAGGUGUUUGGCAACAAGGAUUCCGUGAUGACCGCGCAGAUGAAGUUCCUGACUUGCUCCCAAGGGCCUCAGGAGACGCUCUUUGCCUAUGUGAUGCGCCUGGAAGGUCUGCUGCAGAUGGCCGUGGAGAAGGGGGCCAUUCAGCCUGCAAUGAUGGAUCAGGUGAGGGCACGGCAGGUGCUAAUGCGAGCCCGGCCCAACCAGAUGCUGCAGAACAACCUGAGGAGAAUGCGACUGGAGAGGCGGCCACCUGGCUUUGUUGGGCUGCUCAGACUUUUUCGGGAGACUGAGGCAUGGGAGGCAGCUCUGGAAGAAAAUGCAGUGGUCCAAGUAGGGGAAGGGGUGGAAGUGCAUGGAGAGCUGGAUGUGGUCCAGGCUGUCCUUGUUGGUGUUGGGGGCACUGAGCCUGCUCCUGCUGUUAGAGAGGCCCUUCCAGCCAGUGAAGCUGCUGGCCAGGCUGCUGCUGCUGUUCUUGAGCAAGCUGCUGAGGCUGCUGCUGAUAUUGAUGGUGCCACAAAGGCAGGCCUUGAUUCUGACGAGGCCAAGGUCUUCCCUGUCACCGACAGAGAUGAAAAUGUGUUGGCCCCUUCUGGCUCAGGCCAGGCAGGACCCACUGAGGGUCCAGGUGUGCCUGAGAGCUUGGCCAGUGCAGGAGAGCAAGAAGUAGAGCCUGUACCAGAGGGGCUGAGGGAAGAGUCAGAAAAUGAGGAUGGGGCAUGGGAAGGUAGUCACCCCAAAUCCUUUGGCAAAUAG